UUGCACGAAUAAUAAAUGGCAUUUCAUCAGGAGGAAACUGGUUCCCAUCACGUUGCUAGUCCAGGGUUAUACUUGCCCAGCAGCUGCAGCAACUGUCCAUCUGCCAUCAACGUCGCAUCAUUCAUAGUCGCCGGCCACUACCGACGACGACACACAGUACAUUUUGCAGUUCCUGCAGACACAAUGCUUGUCUAUUUCGUUAAUGUGGCGGUGUUUUCGGCGGUUGCUUUCUACUUCAUACGGUCUUUGAAGAAAAAAUUCCAGAAAGAGGUGGAUCAUUUUCUCACUUUUUUUCGGGAUUCCAAACUUCCGCCGGGACCAUGGGGUGUACCUGGGCUGGGAUAUCUGCCCUUUAUGGCCGGAAAAAAUCCCUACACCGUUUUUAGUACACUUGCGGAUCAAUAUGGAGGAAUGGCCUUUGUGGAGCUGGGGCAAAAGAAUAUUCUUGUCAUAAGUGAUCCAGGAAUACUCAGAGAAACCUACAAACUAGCCGCAUUUUCGGCUCGACCGAAUUCAAAGCUGAAAGACGACACGAUGAUUGGGAAUAAAGGUAUCAUUCAGGCGGUUGGUGAUGUAUGGUCCGAGCAUCGCCGCUUAAUCCUCACGGCAUUCCGCACAAUCGGCUUGAAGACCGCCGCUCCGACGUCCGUUACGCCCCAAACUUCGCACAUUAACGAAAUCAUUCACCGCGAUGUCCAUGAGUAUCUCAAGUUCAUUAACCAACUGGUGGUCGGCCGGCGUGAUGACGGCGGCGUUAUGUUGGAGCGUUUAACGGGUCGAUUGGCCGGAUCCUGCAUAUCGUCCUGCGUGUUCGGUCUGACCAAGAAGUUUGACGAUGCGGAUUUCGCGGAAAACGUCAAGAUUAUCGAGGAAGGAUUCCAGGUUGGCGAACUCAUCGCGCCCUUUGAAUUCUUACCGCUACUGCGCCGCAUUCCGGUGUGGUGGAAGAAAGUGGAGAAUAAAAUGAGGAAAAACCAUUGCUUUACGUGUCAGUACUUCAGCGGCAUGAUUGCGGAGAAAUCGGAAGAAAAAAUCAGCCAUGCAGAUUCGCUAAUUACCAUUUACAAAGAGGAGAUGGCCAGAAAAGACUCUAUAGCGGCCUCGCAUAUUCUUUCAGAGCCGCAGCUGCGUCAAACAAUGACGGAUUUAUUCUGCGCUGGGACGGAAACUGUCAAAUACUCACUCCUCUGGUCAUUCCUCUAUAUGGCUAAAUAUCCAGAAAUCCAGCGAGCUGUGCAGAAGGAAAUUGAUGCUGUGUACUCUGAUAAGGAGCAGCUGGCAGAUUACGACGAUAUUAUAAACAUGCCAUUUACGGAAGCCACAAUACUGGAGACGAUGCGCUUACGUCCAGUACUUCCCAUGGGUCACGCCCGUGCAACUCAUGAAGCGUACACAUCGUACCGAGGCCAUCAUAUUCCUCCAAACACAGUCGUAUUGUCGCUGAUAUGGGAUAUUCAUACGAAUCCGAAAUUCUGGGACAACCCUGAUGAAUUCCGUCCUUCCCGAUUUAUCAAUUCCGAAGGGAAAACUUUCCGACCAGAAAAUUUUAUUCCAUUUGGCCUUGGAAGAAGGUCAUGCAUGGGCGACCAGAUGGCCAUGAAGGAGUUGUUUAUAACGUUUACAUCUUUGCUUAACCGCUACACUAUUGUGCCCACGGAUGGAGAGGAAAUAGACUUGGGCUGGCGAAUUAUGUUGAGUUUGCUCGUCCCCAGUAAACUGCCCAUCGCGCUCGUACCAAGAGUAUGAAUCGCCACGAUGGGAGAUGACCACCUUUAAGCGGUGGGAAAUUUGCUCCUGCUUGUAUAGUAUUGUUAAAAUUAUUUUUGCACAGAUUUCUAUACUGUUAGUGUUGACAUUCCAUAAUUUACAGUCUGCACUACACAAACUCGGCAAGUUUUCGAUCAUUUUUAUUCGUUAAUUGGCUAUAUCGUAAGAGAUUAUAGCCUUCUGGCCAGAUCUAGCAGUUCUGUUAUGUAUAUUCGUCUUGAUAAUGAACAAAGAAAUAGCCAGAAACCUUGUACAUGCAAGUUAAGUCAGCCUUUCAUCGCCGUUGAGAAUACCACCGAAAUAAACC